UCGCAGUAGCGCCGGUACCCAACCUCGUGUUUCGCCGGAAUCGUUUUUUUUAUUCGACAACGCGUUUACGACACGGCCCGAGCCCUGCUCGCGCGCUCGGCUCGUUCAUCGCGACAAAUCGGACCGAGCAAUCGGCAAUCCAACUGAGCGAUUUACGGCGAGAAUGUACCAAAGGGAGUAGGCACGGCGCAACACCGGGUGUACCAAAUAAUCAUUCUGUUCAAUAUUCACAUAUCCUAAAGCUUUAAAUUUCUGGGCUUUUGUUGUUGUUGUUGUUGUUUUUUUUUUUUUUCUUCAACGAGUGCAACGCCCGUGGAUUUUCCUCCGCGGAACCGUGAAUAUCUCCUAUCGUCGGGAUAUAGCUCGUCUAUCAAAUCGGUACAGCAGGCGCGUAUGACAAUCAGUAGCGACAGGGACAAAACUUAUUAAUAAAAACGGGAGUCUGGUGAAGCAGAAUCAACGAGGAUGGAAGACGCCCACGCUAAAACCGUGGACGAGGUGUUGAAUUACUUCAACACCGACCCCGAAAAAGGAUUAUCCGCCGACCAAGUUAAGAGGAACCAGGACAAAUAUGGCCUCAACGAACUACCGGCUGAGGAGGGAAAAUCAAUCUGGCAACUCGUUCUCGAACAAUUCGACGACCUUCUAGUUAAGAUUCUGUUGUUAGCGGCAAUCAUAUCUUUCGUAUUGGCUCUGUUUGAAGAGCACGAAGAUGCGUUCACGGCUUUCGUCGAACCUUUUGUCAUUCUGUUGAUUCUGAUCGCCAACGCGGUCGUCGGAGUAUGGCAGGAGAGAAAUGCCGAGUCUGCGAUCGAGGCGCUCAAAGAAUACGAGCCCGAGAUGGGAAAAGUAGUGAGAAGCGACAAAUCUGGUGUCCAGAGGAUUCGUGCCAAAGAAAUCGUACCCGGUGACAUCGUCGAGGUGUCGGUCGGAGACAAAAUCCCGGCUGACAUUCGUCUUACCAAAAUCUUCUCGACGACCCUUCGUAUCGAUCAGUCGAUAUUGACGGGCGAAUCGGUCUCGGUAAUUAAGCAUACCGACGCGAUCCCCGAUCCACGGGCAGUCAAUCAAGACAAGAAAAAUAUUCUUUUCUCCGGUACAAAUGUUGCGGCGGGUAAAGCUCGCGGUGUCGUUAUGGGCACCGGACUCAACACGGCCAUCGGUAAAAUCCGUACGGAAAUGUCUGAGACUGAAGAAAUAAAGACGCCACUGCAACAAAAAUUGGACGAAUUCGGUGAACAACUUUCCAAGGUUAUAUCGGUUAUUUGCGUGGCUGUAUGGGCGAUAAACAUCGGUCACUUCAACGAUCCGGCCCACGGUGGUUCCUGGAUCAAAGGUGCGAUCUACUACUUCAAAAUUGCCGUUGCUCUUGCCGUCGCCGCUAUCCCCGAGGGUCUUCCCGCUGUAAUCACAACGUGUCUCGCUCUUGGUACCAGGCGUAUGGCUAAGAAGAACGCUAUCGUCCGAUCAUUGCCCUCGGUCGAGACUCUCGGUUGCACCUCCGUAAUCUGCUCCGACAAAACUGGCACGCUUACAACCAAUCAGAUGUCGGUUAGCCGAAUGUUCGUCUUCGAAAAGGUUGAAGGCAACGACAGCAACUUCUUAGAAUUCGAAAUCACCGGCUCGACGUACGAACCCAUCGGCGAAGUUUUCCUUAAGGGACAAAAGGUCAAGGGCGCCGAUUACGAGACGCUUCACGAGAUUGGCACCAUUUGCAUAAUGUGCAAUGACUCCGCCAUCGAUUUCAACGAGUUCAAACAGGCCUUCGAGAAGGUCGGCGAAGCUACCGAGACCGCCCUGAUCGUUCUCGCGGAAAAGAUCAAUCCAUUUGGAGUUUCCAAGAGCGGAUUGGAUCGCCGUACGAGCGCGAUCGUCGUCAGACAAGACAUCGAAACUAAAUGGAAGAAAGAAUUCACCCUGGAAUUCUCCCGAGACAGGAAAUCCAUGUCCUCCUACUGCGUACCUCUCAAACCGAGCAAACUCGGUACUGGUCCUAAGCUCUUCGUCAAGGGAGCACCCGAGGGUGUUCUCGAUCGUUGCUCUCAUGCCCGCGUCGGCAAUUCCAAGGUUCCGCUCACCUCGACCCUCAAGAAUCGUAUCCUUGAUCUUACCCGCCAAUACGGUACCGGACGCGACACCCUCCGUUGUCUCGCCCUCGCCACCGCCGAUCACCCGAUCAAACCCGAGGACAUGGACCUCGGUGAUUCGAGCAAAUUCUACACAUACGAAAAAGAUCUUACUUUCGUCGGCGUUGUAGGCAUGCUCGACCCACCUCGCAAAGAAGUUUUCGACUCGAUCGUACGAUGCCGAGCGGCCGGUAUCCGAGUUAUCGUUAUCACCGGUGACAACAAAGCUACCGCCGAAGCCAUCUGCCGACGAAUCGGCGUUUUCACCGAGGAAGAAGACACCACUGGAAAGUCUUACUCCGGUCGUGAAUUCGAUGAUCUCUCCGUUUCGGAACAGAGGGCCGCCUGUGGUAGGGCGCGUCUUUUCUCUCGCGUUGAGCCCGCUCACAAAUCCAAAAUUGUUGAAUACCUUCAGAGCAUGAACGAGAUUUCCGCCAUGACUGGCGACGGUGUAAACGAUGCCCCCGCUUUGAAAAAAGCUGAGAUCGGUAUCGCCAUGGGAUCGGGCACGGCAGUAGCGAAAUCCGCCUCCGAGAUGGUGCUCGCUGACGACAACUUCUCAUCCAUCGUCGCUGCCGUUGAGGAAGGUCGCGCGAUUUACAACAACAUGAAACAAUUUAUUCGUUAUCUUAUCUCUUCCAAUAUUGGUGAGGUCGUCAGUAUUUUCCUGACGGCCGCUCUUGGUCUUCCCGAGGCUCUCAUUCCCGUUCAGCUUCUGUGGGUAAAUCUGGUAACCGAUGGUCUACCCGCCACUGCCCUUGGUUUCAAUCCCCCGGAUCUUGACAUCAUGUCCAAGCCUCCCCGUAAAGCCGACGAAUCGCUCAUCUCUGGCUGGUUGUUCUUCCGGUAUUUGGCGAUCGGUGGAUACGUCGGUGCUGCUACCGUCGGCUCGGCCGCCUGGUGGUUCCUCUACAGUCCGAUGGGACCGCAGUUGAACUAUUAUCAACUGACGCAUCACUUGGCUUGCAUCGGUGGUGGUGACGAGUUCAAGGGAGUCAACUGCAAAAUCUUUACCGACCCUCAUCCGAUGACGAUGGCUCUUUCGGUACUGGUAACGAUUGAGAUGUUGAACGCAAUGAACAGCUUGUCGGAGAAUCAGUCUCUCAUCAGCAUGCCGCCAUGGUCGAACAUGUGGCUUAUCGGUUCGAUGGCCCUCUCCUUCACCCUUCACUUUGUCAUUCUUUACGUCGAGGUUCUAUCGGCCGUUUUCCAAGUAACUCCACUGAGCGGGGAAGAGUGGAUAACCGUUAUGAAGUUUUCCAUUCCAGUGGUACUUCUCGACGAAACCCUCAAGUUCAUGGCGAGAAAGAUAACAGACGGUGAGAAUCCGAUAUACAGCGUUCACGGGAUUGUUAUAAUGUGGGCCGUGUUCUUUGGACUAUUACUCGUUUGUCCGAUAUAGAGCGUAUGCAAAUGUUUUUAUUAAUAGCUUAAAUUAACGAAUGCGCGUUUCCCAUGGAAAGCAUUCGUAAUCGAAAAACACCCUGGACUUGCAGCUGCUGCAUUUAAUUCGAGAGUUACGAGAGUAAAAAAAAAAAAAACAAGAAAAACAGAUAAUUAAUCCAGAAAUGGGGUGUUGCGCGGGGUGGGAGGGGGAAGAGGCAGCGGCGAUAAUUGAAAAAAGAAAGAGCGAACUUUAUGAGAAAAAGAAAAAAACAUGGCUUUGGGAUAAAAGACAAAAGAGAAACGAGGCCAAUUUCCCAAGAUUGCGAGGAAACAAAAUCUUUCUCUCCUUUUGUCUGCUUCGCGCGUCACGAAACAUGGCGAUUGUGGAUUCUCUAGAGUGACCAUUUUAACCAGUUUUAUCAUGACUUUAGCGCAUGGAGUGCGUGUGCGCGUGUGUGCGUGAAUCGCUGCGUGAGAGUGCGAGCGUGUGCGUGUGUAUGUGCGUUGGUUCGAUGCGUUUGGAAAAGCGUGUCAGAUUUUUGCUAUCUCGUAACCCUUGCCACAAACGAGUGCCAAUGAUGCGGCUGCCGAUGAAGCCGCCACCGUUGCUACUCCGGCAACUGCUGUCGUCGCCAUCGCUGCCACCGCUGCUGCUGCUACUGCUGCCGCCGCCACCGUGCCACCGAGAUUCUCAUGCACAUUGAGCUAACCGAAAGUGCUGCUGCGGAGAUGACGGUGAUAACGGCCGCUACCAUCGACGCGGAGAAGACUCCAAAUAAAGAAAGGGAAAGAGGAAGGAAGACACGCCCAAACAACAUCGAGCAACGCAAUCAAGGAAUCACAUUGUUGAAUUUAUUAUUUAUACGAGUGCCUUUUGAACGUUGACGUUUCCUCAGAUUUUCAAUCCCAUUUUUCUUAACUCCCCUCUUUUCUUCCAAGGCCUUCCGGCGGCCUCCCUUCUCAUAACCCAUCGUCGCAGUACUUGCAUUAAAAUACCCACGAGACCCUAAUCCUCCUCCCACUACUGAACCCCCUCGCCACUUGUUCAUCCUCGAUGCUUUCACCCGUUUGAUUCGAGCCACUUAACGAAUCGCUCCUCCUUUCUGUUAUCUUUCAUACAAUUAAUUAUUAUUAUUUUGGCGCCUGUACAUAACUUACCGCGAGGAUGAUCGAGUCUAACAACUCAUUUGACAAUUGAUGUUGUUUGUUUUUCCUGGGUACGUAUGACAUGGAAAUUAAGAGAUUGGAUUUUGGGACGGAAGUGAGGGCAUCGGAUCGAAAUUUCUGUACAACACCGAUUAACAAAUUCCACACCACCCCCUCCCUCCUUGCCAAUCCUUCCGCGUAGUUUUGUAUUUACGAUUUGUAUCUACGAAUCAUCCAUUUUUGUACAAAUGUCGAUUCCACCAUUCACACAAUUGUACAAGACCUAUUGUUGCCGUUUUUUUUUUCUCUACACAUGACUUUGUUCAAUUGGUUUAUUUAGUGUGCACGUUGCAUCUUGAUACCUAAUAAUUUCGCAGUGUCGAUGACGAUGACGACGAUGCGGUUGGGUCCGAAAUACAAGUCGCAUCGGAGCACAACGUCCGAUUAACUAUCCUCUUGGAAAACCUUUGUCAAGUUCCUCCUCACUGUGUGCCUCUGCCAAAUGCGCCAGUUCCGAUAAAUUUCAUUCGGGAUACGCGACUCCCGCCUCUCUCGUCAUCGAAUAUCCCGGUAAGUCGACCUUCCUCGUCUCUUCUCGGAAUUCUCUCUAUUCCUCCCCUCUCCCCUGCCCAUCUUUCCCUCCCUCGUCUAGUCCGUCUCAUUCUUAAUAGUGUACCAUUUAGGAUAACUUGUGUCCCGUGUGUGUCGAAUGGAAUUAAUAAUGGUGAGAAGAGUGAAGGAAUAAAUAAUAGAAAUAAAUUAUGAGUAAUUGAGAGAAUAAUAUCCGGUAUAUAUAUAUAGCGAAACCGAGUCUAGCGGGAGAGAGUGUAAAUAUAAACAAAGAAGAAAGGAUUAAAAGCUCAUAAUCCCUG